AUGGCUGAGCUUGUGGGCCUAGUAUCCGGCAUCUUCGCGCUUAUUCAAAUUGCAGCCCAGGUGUCCGCAUGGACCCACGAAUAUGUCGGCAAAGUCAGCAAGGCCUCGGAAGACAUAGUGAAGCUCAGUCAUGAACUUGAAUCGCUUAAUCAGGUUCUUCUUGACUUGCAUAAUAUUGCAAAAGAGGAUCCGGAAUCAGUUGUGCUACGGGGUCUGAGGAACCAGAUUCGAGAUUGCACUACGGUCUUGGAAAGAUUCCAACAGAGUCUGAAAACUCCUCCUAGCACAACACGGUUCAAGUGGCGAAAGAGACUGUUUAGAUAUAGUUGGCCUUUGAAGGAGCAGGAUAAUCUAGAAUAUAUAUCACUUAUAGAGAGACGCAAAUCUGGAUUCAUGAUCACGUUGGAAGUCUAUCAGCUGUCUCGUUCAAAGGCUAUAGAGAGGCGUGUAAAUGAAGUUGACGGGGGUGUAAAAGAGAUAAUUACUCGUCAGAGUGAAGAGGAGCGUGACAGGAUACUGGAGUGGUUAUAUGAGGGAGCUUUUGACACAAAGCAUAGAGAGAUUAGUAAUAGAAGACAGAAGAACACUGCCCAGUGGAUCAUAGUAUCUCCUGAGGUUACAGCUUGGAUGAAUAAUCUCUCGGGUUCAAGACUGCUUUGGGGCUAUGGUAUUCCUGGUGCGGGAAAAACCUUCCUGAGUUCUAUGAUGAUAGAUUAUCUUCAAGAAUAUUCAUUAGAAACAGGUAUCAAAAGAAACGCUAAUAAAAUGUUUUUACUUGCCUCACGCUGGGAGUAUCAACCCGGGCUAUUAUUUCCGGAGACCCCUCUGCACGUAGCAAUUUCCUGGAAUCAUUUCCCUUUACUCCUAGCUUUGUUGGAUAAUACAAGCUACUGUGCGAAUAUCAAUGCUCGGGAUAGUAAAUUGAGAACACCACUGCAUUACGCCUCGUAUGGUGAAAGAGAGGAUGCUGUCGAGUUGUUGCUUGAUCUGGGCGCCGACACGUUGGCUCAAGACAAAAAGGGUCGGACAGCCCUUCACCAGGCUGCCAAGAAAGGACCCGAUUCAAUUGUUGAGAUGUUACUUGACAGUGGCAGUGAUGUAUCAGCCAAAGACGUAUAUGGGUGGACAGCACUUCACAUAGCAGCCAAUAACGGAAACACUUCAAUAGUGGAUAUGUUACUGAGCAGAGGGGCUAGUGUUGCGUCUAUAAGUAACGAUGGAUUUACAGCUCUGCACUGCGACUGCGUAAAAAGUGGGGGCGAAAUGAUGGUUCUAAUCAACAAUGGUGCUGAAGUAUUGGCUGUAGACAAUGACGGAAAUACAGUAUUGCACUGGGCAAUAAUUGGCGGUGUUUCUCGUGAACAGCUAAGACUAGUGAUGGGCUGUGGGGUUGAUAUAAAUGCCAGGGACAAGAACGGAUGGACGGCAUUGCACCGAGCAGUAUACAACUGUAAUUACGCUGUGGUCGAUGAGUUGAUUCAAGGAGGGGUCGAUAUCUCAGUUGUGGACAACGAAGGACUGACAGCUUUCCAUUACUCAGUAAUGCUUGGGUAUGAUGGAAUCUCCACUCUCCUGAAAAACUCUGGUGCCAGCCUAGAUAUCCAGGGAGAGAAAGGUAGGAAGGCAUAUAGGCUGUUAGGCCGGAAAGGAUCGGGCCAGAAUGAAGAUGUGUAUCUUUUGCAGUUGAGCAGUAUACCACUUCUAUCUAGUUUAUGA